ACCCAUUUCAUGUCACAUCCAUCGGCUUUGCGUCGAAAAUCACGACACAUUGCAAUUGCAACUGGGGAUGGAUCGCCUUGAAGUGAGGGCACUACUUGGCAGGGGUGUCUCCGAUCGCCCCGCUCCUGCCUCUGUCGACCUGGGAAUCUACGUGGACGAUUCUCUGGGUGAGGAGACCUUUCUCAAGACGCUGGAGGAGACGCUACAGCAGCACGCGACGUCCUUAGGCCAGCAAUUCCUCGUUCUUAGCGCCGCGCAGGUAGACCGCUUGGCCUUCCGCUUGAAUGACACCCUCGUGCCUAAGCGCGACGCCGAGACGCGCGUCAUACAGGCCUGGACCAUCCAGCCGCAGCUGCAGCUUAAAGUUAAGUCUAGCGCCCACAUCCAAGUGCUUAAGCUGUCCACGAUCCUGCGGGAGGUGCAGAGACUGCGACUGCAUCAGUCACAGACCGAGGAAGCGCACACAAACCCUAUUGAGGUGGAGAUCUUCCCGUUUUUGCGAGUCAUUGAGGUGCUCAACACAGAGACCAGGGGCCUGCAGAACGUUCACUACUUUGCAAACCAGUUGAAGGAGCUGCAUAUUGAACAUACUGAGGUGGCGACGCUGAGGCAGUUGCUGGCACCGAAGAAGGAGGAACAGAAGCCGUGGAGGAAACUGCAGAAGCUGCAGAUGAACUGCUGUGAGUUGUACGUGCUGGAUGAGUCGGUGAACCUGCUGAAAGCCGCGAAGACGCUGGAUUUGGGCUGGAACAAGAUCGAGAAGGUGGAGACUAAUCUGACCACGAGGUCGCUUCAAGUACUGAAUUUGUGUCACAACCAGCUACAUCACGUACCACCGAUUCAGUCGCUACGGUCUUUGAGAGAGCUGGAUCUCGCAGUCAAUCGGAUAUCGUCGCUGAAGGGACUGGAGACGCUUACAGCGCUGGAGCGACUGGAUGUCUCGCACAAUUUGAUUGACGAUUUCACGGAAGUGGAGCUGCUGACGAGUUUACCGCGGCUCACCUACGUUAAAAUGGAGUUCAACCCGAUUGCACGGCGGCCAGACUACCGACGAGAAGUGUUGUUCUACUUGGGGGAGCCAAUAGAAUUGGACGGGAAGCGCUGGAGUGACGCGGAGGUGAGCAGCAUGAAAAACCGUCGUAUGCUGAUGAUGCUGGAUGACGUGAAAGAGCGUAAUGGCAUGGAAAGCAGCAUCUGGGGGCAGUCGAUGGGUACUCCUGUGUACCCCAGAGUUCGUGUCCAGAGUGGCAUUGCCAUGAUGAGCCCCAAGCUUGUGUUGGGAUACCCGCCAUUGCCUCAAGCUCACUCUGUUCCUGCUCAUUUUGUCGAAAUACAAAAUCCACCGUCCACACUACCGACCAAGUGCAAUAAUGUGGAUAAUACUGGUGGAAACAGCACAGAGAGCGGAGGAAAUGCAGCAAAGACAUCAGUGAACAACCAAGGCUCGCAGAGUACGAGGCCGCCAAUUCUAACAGUAGACGACUACUUUAGAACGCAGCGGGAUGUUAUUGUCACGAAGGAAAGGAGGCAAAGUGACGACCAACUUACAACCAGUGAGGAGGAGGACAGUGAUGACUCCAACACGGGAUCGACUCGAAAACGCAGUCGCAAAUAUACGGCAAGUGACUUUAUGCGCGACUUCGAGGAGGAAGAGCUGCUUGCACGGGAAGGAAAUGAUGUUGACAAUCUGGACGCCCUUGUCGCUCGCUCCACCUCUCAAACGCAGAUAUCCAGCCCUCAGAAACCUGGACGAAGCAUCAGCAUUCGAGUACUGUUGAGUGCAAAAGAGGCUGCUGAGCUUGAUCUCCACUUCGGGAUCGAUGGUGUCCCAGCAAACGUAGAAAUUAAGGUAUGUGGUUUCUCAAGAGGCAUCAUCAUACUUUAUUGCUACUCUGAGCAUGCUAUCGUGUAAUAUCUGCAGUCUCGAGAAUUGAUCGAACGAUUUACUGUCAGUGACGACAAGGAUCCGAUAAUCAUUACCCGAUAUCUUCGGGAUGUCGUCGCUGUUGGCGCUUCAAUGCACUCUAGCCGUGCCAAAAUUAUUACCAUGAAGUUGCGAGCUCGAGGGUCAUCCAGUGUGGCUGAUGCUGCCUACCAAUUCGACACAGUUACAUCGCUGGAGACGCUGUUGACGCCACUGGUUGCUCGUUUAUACCAGCAGUACAAGGGCCACAUCACAAUUUGCAACUGUGCAAACUGUGGAGCUCUUUCACUACUCACUCCCAAAUACCCGGCUCGGACAGAAGCUAACGAUGCGUUGGUGGUAUACUCGUGCUUACUAUGCUCAAGCUGCAACGUGCGAGAGACUUCGUUCAAGAAGCUGGUUAGGCUUUGUGCUAACGAAGGGGUCACCAUUCCAAGCAGCAUCCCACUGGCACCGCCACCGUGGGAGACGAUCACUGAAGGAUUUUACAUCGAGGAACCAGUCGCUACCGAUCCAAGUUCCAUGCGUGAAUGUGUCAUGGUAUCGUGCAACGGUAUUCGCGAAGUUGCAGUGCCUACCAGUGAGUUGGGAAGAAAUGAUGAAGCGCACAGCGAUGAGUUGAAUGAUGCCAUUGUGCACGCUAUGACUACGACCAUGCGGUGAAAGGUAGGGGCCCGAGAAAUGUUUUAAUGUAAGAUGCUUUCCAACUUACUUACUCUAAUCUAUGCGACUUGAUCGACUCCUGAUUUGAAAACGGUGCAAGCAGUAGAAGCAGCAGAGACUCUGUGACCAGCAACACUACUCCGUCGAAGAUGAACUUGGGGGCGAAGAUGGCCCAAACCAUCAGAUGCCUUCGCUGUAGCGCGACAAAUAGUGUUGACACUAAUGCGUUAAGCGAGAAAUAGGCCGGGAAUGCGAGAAGCGUAUUGACUCCACUCGACUGGGGUUGGUGCUGCCUCCAGUUUAGCCAAGGCAGCGCCAGUACAGCCAACGCGAAGCAACCGAAAGUAUUGAGACCAAGCAAAGCUCCCGCGAUGUAGAAAUUGAAGGUGUCGAACCCCACAAAGCCCGCUGCGUUCUGCAAACUCGUGAAUGUGUUGGCGUGUCCACUUGUGAAGAACGCUUGGUAGGAACAUGAUGCCCAGAGCAACACCCAGGGCGUGAUGUCUCCGAAUGUUGUCGGAGAAGCGGAUCGGCAACACGUGACAAUAAACGAGAAGCUCAGACAUUGUGCCACGAGACACAGCACUGACAGCGGUGAUGUAGGCCCAAGCACUAACAUAAACGCUGGAACGAGCUGCCAGAGCAAGAGAAGAUGUUCAUGCCUUGAGAGUUCGUUGCCACUUUGGUACUUUGGUUGUCGAAGUACGCGCACCAGAAGACAAACCAGCGUUCCCAGGAAGAUCAAGUAAACGAUGCGCGGUAGCCACAUCCUCCAGAAGGACACUUGUAUGGGCGAAGCAGCCCAAAAGAUCGCGCACACCAAAUAGCUCGCCGUCGACGAUACGAGGAUUAGUCGGCUCAUCAGGGACAGCUUGUGUCCGGUGUACUUGACCGUUUGAACGGAAGAUCCAACAGCGAGUACUGCUAUCGCAGUCAACGGAGCAAAAGUUCUUCCCAACGUCGCAGUCGCCUUGAUAAUAUUGGGUGGUUCCAGUGCGCUGCUCAGUCGUGUUGCAAAAAUGAAAGCUAGCGCAGCACCCGUGGCAGCACUUCGGUGAUCAGUUAAGCGCUGCGCACAUGUGAGCAAGAAGAACCCAGUCGUCGCCGACAGGAAUUGCAUAACGUUGCCCUCGGCUACGAUGUAGCUGUUGGAGAGCAGAGCUAACGCAUGAAGUAUCACAAUAAGAGCAGCUACCACCCCCGCCGCUGAAACAGAAGAAAACAGUGUUCUUCCACUUGUUGCUGGACUGCGAAUACUCCUGGUAGCUCUGAUUUGUCUUCGAGCCAAAAGGUACCAAGUCAUGUCAAUCAGACCGGCACAAGAAGCUGCUACCAGUCCUCGCGAAAGUGGAGCUGCGGGGAGGAGUGGUAGAUUUAUACCUGCUGGACAAAAGAAGAGCAAGCCUCCGACAAGCACGACAACGCUUAGCGGAGGGCUCCAUGAGUUGCCUUCACCUGAAGCACUUACAAGUCUAGUGGAUGUAGCGCCGAUAAAGAACGACCACGCGAGAAGCACCAUCCCCCAGCCCAUGCUGCACAAGUCAAAUUGUGUCCAAAUGGAGCGUCCCAAUGACAACGCUUCGCGCAGAUAAUGGUGCUGUUGCUUAGCCAAGUCUUCGUGGAGUCGCAACAACAGCGGAAGGUCUGCCUUCGAGAAUGUGUCACCUUCUUGUACCUGUUCAAGUUGGUCUUCAAUACGCUUGAUAUCCACAAAGAUUCGCUCGAGCUGAUCGUACGCUCGCUCAGGCAGCUUGGAAGCGGACGAGUAUCUGAAAAGAUAACGCCGCACCUGAUCAAGGUUUAGUCGUAGAGCCCGAUUCAGCGACUGGAACGCGGAUAACGCGCUGCUUCCGCCCCUCUCAGUUGAUGUUGGAGGUACGAAAAACAGCGACGGAAUCACACUCCCCAGGUUACCAAACGGAAUAGGUAAACCGCUUAGCAGCGCUAGUGUGGGAACUAAGUCCACUUGCGGCACUUCUCGUGAACUGUCAAGUAUUCUCUCAGCAUAUUUCUUCAUCUCCUUUGCGUCUUCGCUAUCAUCUUCCCUUCCAGUAGCAACAAGUGCUGCCUUGCUGUAUAGGAACAACGCGGCACCAGUCUCCUCAUCACUAGCGCCACCAUGGUUACCGUCAGCCGACAUGCCGUGGUCUCCCAGCACAGCCAACAGCACGUCAUCCCCAUCAGGCAUUUCUUUCAGCGUCUGCAACAACUUCUUUAAAACACCAUUCAUCUCAUCCAGUUUUUCAGCCAUAAAGACAGAGCUGGGUCCAUGUGUAUGUCCGACAUGAUCGACUCCUAAGAAGUGCGCGAUCAACAAGUCCCAGUCCGGCUUCUGCAGCUCAGGAAAUAGGUGCUUCGUCACUCCACGAUCCACCGAGUGCAAAUCCUUGACAUUGAACGAGUCGAAAGCAAAUUUCCUCGUGAACUCCCGAGCGUACAGCGAGUCCCACGUGUCAUCUCCCAUGAACACCACGCCGCGUUGCUGAGCACGCAGUUGACGCAGCAAAUUGUCCUCCACAAUCUGACUGCUAGCUGCCAUAUUGUCCUUAAUAUCCAAGAAAGUCGGCAGCGAUCCAGUAGUUAAGCCCUUUAAUCGUUGCAUGGUCAUCGUGGGUGGGUCGGCCACAAACUUCAGCAGCAACGCAUGCUCCGGUUCACUGAUCAAAGUUUCAUUAAGAAUCGGUAGUCGAUCGCUAUAAAACGACGACUGUUGAGCGCUUGAACCGGUGGCUGCAAAGUCGAAUCGCAGCGCGUCAAUCACCACGAAAACAACGCGGCGGAAGCGUCGAGGCAUCCAGCAACCUUCGGACGCACCGUCGUCGGAGCUGGGAAGGUCUUCUUCAUGACCGCCACGGAGGUGCGUUGGCACAGCGUUGAUAUCUGAUGGAGACGCUUGGCAACUGCUGAGAUCCGACACUUCGAAGCGGGUGAGAAAGAAGCCUGUAGUGAACAAAUAGAGCGCAGCAGCAUGCAGCACAAGCAGCGCCGCGAGCACGCGAUGCCCCAUGAUGUGAGAAGAUCGAAUUGAGAAGCCAAGUUUUGUCCAAUCGCAAUGGCACUGAUGUAUCUAAAGUGAAGUCACAAUUGCUAGACGAGUAUGAGUAUGAAGCACUUUCAAUCAGAACAAAUCAACUUGUUUUCCAUGUGAAUAUGAAUAUAUGCAAUCAUGUAGUUGGG